CACCUUAUUAGCACGGCCUGGAACCUCAUUUUUCUGGUUGGUUUGGCGAGGUUUCAACUGCUCGACACAAAGUCAUCAGUUCGCAACCAAAGAGCCAAAGAGAUAUCAACACCAGCCCCUUUCUCAAUUGGAUUGGUUGCUUCUCUAUUGGUAGCAGUGAUAUCUCUUGUAUCUGAUCUGUUGGAGAGUUUGCUGAUUGAUUGAAUCGAUUUUGAAUUAUCUCAAGGGUAUCCUGGUUCCUGAUACCCCUGAUACGGUACCCCUUUACUUCUAUUGAUUUGAAAAAAGGUUGACUUUGACUGCUUAGGCCAAAUUUGGAAGAUGUCAUCUGAACAACCCAAAAACGACCCGAAAGAGGUAGACGUGGACACUAUCGGGCGUAGUGGCGCUCGUAGUUCCGUCACUCAUUCGAGGAUCCAGAUUGGUGGUGGAGCUCCUCGUCGUGCGAGCAAUGCUACUGCUGGUACUGGUACUAAAAAGAAACCGCACAGUUCGUACAUUCCCCACGAGUUUUCCGAAGAGUUUGUGAGACGAACAUCCGGGUUGCAAGCUACCCUCCCCGUCUUGUCGGCCAAUACGACGGCCAACUUUGUCUCGUGGUGUCAAGAACGCUUUGGAAAAACCAAAUUCAAGUCAGAACCAGAACAACCCAGUCGAGUCUCGUUUCUCGCGUUGCUCUCCUACAGUACCUUUGGAGAACGCAUCUGGAUGGUCAUUGGACUCUUUUUUGCCCUGCUCACCGGACUCUGUCUACCCACUUGGCUGAUCCUACUGGCGAGAGCACUUGAUACUUUUUCUACCAUUGCUCAUCUCAUUCUACAAGGAGCUGGUGAUGCGGCAUAUGAACAUUUAAAUCGAGAAUUGGGAAAAUUGGUCAUUGCCUUUGCCAUUCUCGGCGCGAUUUCUCUCGUCGUGGGAUUCACCUACGUUGCCAUUUGGACGUAUACGGGAGAACGACAAGCGCUGCGCAUCAAGGAAAAGUUUGUUCAUGCCGCCCUCCGACAAGAUGCCGAAUGGUUCGAUGUCAACAAUCGAGACGAACUACCCACGUCGAUUGCCAAUGCCAUGAUUCACAUUCAAGGUGCCAUUGGACGACCCAUGGCAGACUUAUUCGCCAAUGCCGUCAGUGCCUUUGCCAGUCUACUCGUGGCCCUACUCCUCAAUGCACCACUUGCCAUUGUCAUGCUCUGUGUGGUACCCGUCGUGGCCAUUGUCAUUAUGAUUGUCAGUUGCUUUUCACGAAAAGCCAAUCAACAGGGUGCCAAUUCAUUUGUCGCCGCAGGAGCACUCGCCACGGAAGCCAUUUCCGGUAUCAAAACCUUGGCGAGUUUGUGUGCCGAAAAGUGGGCUCUUACAGCUUAUACAGGACACAUUGCGGCGGCACAAAAACACUCCAUUUACGGAGGAUACUUGGCGGGUCUCAUGAGUGGCAUUACCGGGAUGCUCUUUUAUUGCACCUACUCGGGAGCCUUUUAUAUCGGAACCGAACAAGUGGCAGCACACAUGACACUCACCAUUAUUGUCCAGUGCCUCUUCUUUGAAGAUGCACCCGAUGAGGUCAACGACGAUGGACUCUACGGAAUUGCCAAGGACGUACUGGAAGAAAUCAACGGUGAAGUGGAUUGUAGAGUCAACGGCGCCAGUGUCAUGUGUUGCAUUUACGGAGUCAUUCUUUGUGCUACCUUUUUUGGACUCAUGGCACCCGGACUUCAAAAUAUCAAUCUCGGACGACAGGCUGCCGCCACCAUUUUUGCCACCAUCAAUCGCAUUCCCGUCAUUGAUGCUGAUUCCACGUUGGGAGAUACACCCAAGAAAAUGCAAGGCAAAAUCACCUUUCAACGUGUCUUUUUCAGUUACCCCACACAACCCAAUCGUGCCAUUUUUCACAAUUUCAAUCUCACCAUUCAAGCAGGAGAAAGUGUGGCAUUUGUGGGGCCCAGUGGAUCGGGAAAAUCCACCAUUGCCAAAUUGCUGUUGCGAUUCUAUUGUCCCCUCGGGGGAAAUAUUGUUCUGGAUGAUGAGUAUCCGUUGGGUUCACUGCGACUUUCGUGGUGGCGGGAACAGGUUGGAUACGUGGCACAAAGUCCCAUUCUCUUUCCGGGAACCAUUCGAUACAAUAUUGCCUGUGGCAAGGAGGGGGCCACCGAAGAAGAAGUUAUCGAGGCCGCCAAGGCAGCCUGCGCUCAUGAAUUCAUUACCGAAUUGCCCCAGGGAUAUGAUACCUUUUACAGUGGGGCGUCGGUUCAAUUGAGUGGUGGUCAAAUGCAGCGUAUUUGCAUUGCACGAGCCAUGAUUCGUAAACCCUCCAUUUUGCUUCUCGACGAAGCCACCUCUGCUUUGGACACCAACUCGGAGCGUCAAGUGCAGGAUGCUCUGGCACACAUUCGGAGCCAAAAGAAAAUGACAACCCUCUCCGUCGCCCACAGAUUGUCCACCAUUGUCCAUUGCGACCAAAUUGCUGUCAUCAGUGGUGGCAACAUUGCAGAACUGGGAAAUCAUCAGCAAUUAUUUGCCUUGGAUGGAAUCUACACGACACUCUGCGAGUCACAGGGAAUCACGGCCGAAUCUACCUUUGAAUCCACUCCCAGAACAGUCACCAGCAGCACCAGUCGUGACGAUGUGGAAGUUAGCGUCAAUGGCGUACAAGCUCCCAACAUUGAAAAUAUUGAAAAUGGAUUGACCCUUUCGCAAAAGGAAGUUUUGUACGAGGACGAGGAGGAUGAACAAUUGGAAGGGUUGACUGCUAGUCCCAUGCGAAUUCUGGCACUCAAUAGUUCAGAAUCGGGGUACAUGUUGAUGGGUGUCAUUGGGGCGAUGAUGGUGGGUACUCUGGCGCCGGCAGAAGGGAUCAUCACGGCCCGCAUCGUGGAAAACUUCUACACACAGAAACCGGAGGAUAUGGUGGAGGCAAACUCUGAAAAUAUCCUCUAUUUCCUCAUUUUGGCAGCCGGUGCUCUGGUUGGAAACAUCAUCAGCGGUAUUGGCUUUUCCGUGUCAGGAUAUCGAUUGAGCGGGAAAAUGCGCACAUUGGUUUUCGAGGCCAUCCUUCGUCGCAACAUCGGUUGGUUCGAUGUACCGGAGCACUCCGUGGGUGAGCUGACGUCUCGUUUGGAAGCUGAUGCGGAAGAGGUUGCGAAGAUCACUGGUUGGGCUCUUGGUUACAAAGUCAGAAUGAUCUCUUCGCUUGUGGCUGGGAUUACGAUUGCUCUUGUGUUUUCCUGGAGGAUUGGUCUGGCCGCCAUUGCUUGUAUCCCAAUCAUCAUGGCUUCUUCGUUUGUACAAGUAUACUGCAUUAGACGCCAAAUAGCAGCAGCACAGGAAGGUCUCUCGCCCGAGUCCAUCUUUGAAAAUGGCCUCCGUGGAAUCGAAGCAGUUCAAUCCUACGGUCUCCAAGUCAAAGUCGGCGAAGAUUACUCCAAGGCUUUGAUUCCACAAUCCAAACGUCAUGCAAGAAUGGGUUUGACUUCUGGAUUGGCGUUCGGCCUGAGUCAGUUUGCGAUGUUUGGAUCCUUUGCAAUCAUCUUCUUUGUGGGAGCGCAACUCCUUGUAGCCGGGAAAGUUGGCUUUGUCGAGUUCUUCACCCCUAUACUUUCAAUAAUGUUCGGGACAGUGGGCGUAAGCCAAGUGAAUGCUGACUUUAAUGCCCAACAAGAUGGUCUCAGGGCCGCACAGCGAAUCUUCGACAUUGUGGACGAGCCGCUGGACGAAAUGGAUCCUUUCGGUACCGAUGGAGUGCAACCCGAUUCUCUUAAUGGUGCCAUCACGUACAAGGACGUCUCAUUCGCGUAUCCAACACGCCAAAACCACCCUAUCUACUAUGCUUCCGAGGGCAGAUCCGGGUUUUCGUUGGAGAUUGCGCAGAAGAAUUCGGUUGCUUUUGUCGGGAAAAGUGGUAGCGGAAAAUCGACGGCACUUCAGAUUCUUCUCCGUUUCUACAAUAUCACCGAUGGAGAAGUCUCACUGGAUGGCGUCGAUUUGAGCAAGAUCAACAUUUCAUGGCUUCGUCAUCAGAUUGGAUACGUGGGACAAAAUCCCACACUGUUCGCCGGCACAAUUCGCGACAAUAUUCUCCUUGGAAAGCCCGAUGCGACUGAAGCCGAGAUUGAAACGGCAGCCAAAGCGGCCGCUGCCCACGAGUUUAUUCUAGAUCAAACUGACGGGUACGACACAGAUAUUGGCAGCGGGGGUUCCCUGCUGAGUGGCGGACAACGCCAACGCAUAGCUAUUGCGCGUGCCAUUGUAUCUGACCCGAAAAUGUUGGUGCUGGACGAGGCUACGGCAGCAUUGGACAAUGAAAGCGAAAAGAUUGUACAGGCAGCCCUUGACAAUCUGCAAAAAAUCCAACCCAGGACGACACUAGUGGUGGCGCAUCGAUUGACGACAGUGAAGGAUUGUGACAAGAUUGCCGUUCUUGGAAACGGUGGUGUCAUUGAGCUGGGUUCGCACGGUGAGUUGCUGGCGAGCAAGGGACUGUACAACGAGCUCUGGCAAAAGCAAGGAGCCGCGGACGCGGACGACGAUGAACCGACAAAUGUAAUGAAGGCAUCCGUCCUGUCAGUUUAG